AUGCAGAUCGGGCAGUCGUACUGGCUCUGGCGCUUCGAGGACACGGUGGGGAUGAUGUCGCAGUUGAUCUUGGCGUCGGCCAAAAAGGCGCAGACGCCCGUGUCCUCCAGCAUCGUAAACUCGUUUCUCCUUCUGAUUGAAGAACAUCUCGAUCAUCUGUGA